UGUGAGACUGCACUAACAUUCUAGAAUCGAGAGCGGGCCGGUCGACAAUAAACCGCGACGCGUUUUGGACUUUUCACAUAAACAAACGACGUCGCUUCCACCGAUACAAAAUCAGUCCCUUCACCAAGACACAAAACCCUAUCUCUCCAUCUCUCCACAACAACACCAACAAUGAAUUCAACCUACACCUGUUCCGAAUGCAGCACCGAUCUCAAUCUCAACUCCACCUACGCUUACCCACCCGACUUCUACUUCGAAUCCGGAAACAAAGACUCCAUUUCCUUCUCUGCAGUCGACGCCACCAAGUUCAAAUUCAAAAAAGAGGACAAGAUUCGUCCUUUCUUCGAAACACUCAACUAUUGGGGAAUUCAAAGAAAGAGAACUAAAAUUAAGUGUAAUAGUUGUAAUCAUCUUGUUGGUUAUGUUUACGAUGAUGGUCCUCCUGUUACUGAUUCUCCUGGUCAGUUUCAUAUGGGUCCUAGUCAAGUUAUUUCUAGAGCUCCUAGAUAUAGGUUUAAAACCAAAGCAAUUCGAAUCACUUCGAGUUGAAAUUGGAAGUGAAACUCAAUUUACAUGUUUUAUGAUUGUGUGAAUAUAUAGAGUAUGUAUAUAGUUGGGGUAAUAUUUGACAUAUUUUGUUGAAAUGAAGUGGUUUGUUUUGUUUA